AUGCACAAUGAAUUGCUGCACCCCUGCUCCAAAGGUGGCUAUGGAGACGAAAGAGCAGACAUAGAAAAACGAAAACACCAGCUGAUCGUGAGUCUGAGCUGUGCGGACACCGACCUGGUGAACUACAAAGAGCUGGUGGACGGGAGGAACGCCUGGAAGCAGGAGGCUUGGGAGUCCUUGAGGAACGAGCCCCUGCUGUCAGAGGCAGAGGAGCCUUUCAACGAUCCAUCGCCCUCACCACGUGGGUUCCUGAUAGCUCGGAGUGGGGUUCGACUAACAACUCCUAGGGACAGAAUCAAGUCUCCUGGGGACAGGCUCAAGACCCCUGUAGAGAGGGUCAAGUCUCCUGGGGACAGGCCCAAGUCUCCUGGGGACAGGCUCAAGUCUCCUGGGGACAGGCCCAAGUCUCCUGGGGACAGGCCCAAGUCUCCUGGGGACAGGCUCAAGACCCCUGUAGACAGACUCAAGUCUCCUGGGGACAGGCUCAAGUCUCCUGGGGACAGGCUCAAGACCCCUGUAGACAGGCUCAAGUCUCCUGGGGACAGGCUCAAGACCCCUGUAGACAGGCUCAAGUCUCCUGGGGACAGCCUCACGUCUCCAGGGAGCAGUCCCAGCAGGCUGAGCUGCGGCUCCCGGUUUCUGGAAGUCCCCCCGACUGUGCUGAGCGAGGGCCGGCCGCUGAGCUAUGAAGACAUGGAGGAUAUCGGCAAGUGGAACAGGGAGAGGAGGCGCCGCUCUGAGAGCGAUGCUAACAGCUUGGUCUGGCGGGAGCAAUGCCGCCUGGUCCGGACAGGCAAUGCUGCCGUUGACAGCCACGCCCUGCCGUCGACUCUGGGGGGAGAGGAUGCAGAGGCGGUGGAUAGAUUCAGGAGGAGCUGCUUCAACGUUUACAUGGACACCGUGCAGCUGUGCCAGAGAAACAGUGUGCCGCUGUGCCAGAGAAACGCAAAAUGCAAAGUAUAA